AUGGAGCACCAACACAAGAGCAGGUCUCGUCGCAGUCGUUCUCGAUCCAAAGAGAGUAGAAUUCGUCGGAGCACCUCAUCUUCGUCGGUGGAUGCAAAGGAAAAGACGUUGUCAUCGGCGAAGGGGAGCUCUAGAUCAAAGCGUCGUCGCAACAGUAGCUCAUCAUCUUCAGAGGGAGAUAGACGUUCUAGAAACAGUACAGCAAGGCGUUAUGACCGUGGCCACAUGAGGUCCACAUCAAAGGAGCGGGAGCAAAAGUAUUCAUCUGCACGAAGUAAUCGAAGAAGGACACCGUCUCCAAGGCUUUCGAGGAGUUCUGGAUCAGCACGCAAGAGGCGACACAGCUCCGCAUCAGUGUCACCGAAGAGAAAAGAGGAGAGGAGGUCGUCGAAGACGAGGACAGAAACAUCACGCGACGCCAAAAAGGAACGUAGCCGUGGACGAAAUCGAACUAGUUCUAGCUCAUCGGAAACUUCCUCCUCUUCGUCGUCGCGCUCAGUGUCUUCUGAAAACAGAGGAAAGGUGCAUUCAAAGGAGAACCAGGACCGGGGCUCCCAUAGCAGUUUUGUUAAAUCCUCAAAAGUGGAUGACGAGAAACUCGAGGAAUCUGAUGAUCACAAGCCCGGAGAAGCAUGUACGUCAGAACAGAAGGAGAAGGAAAUGGAUAAGUUGCGGACGUUCGACUCCCAUAUACCCGAACAUCUCCGACCAAAGGGCAGUGCAACAGACAGCGAAGACGAAAUCGAGGAUCAGUUCGAUCGCGAAGAAAGGGAGCGCAAAAAGCGUUUCGAAGGAUUUGGCCUCGUUGGGGCGAAGAAGAAGGACGAUGAAAGUGGUCCUACCGAAAAUCCCUACGAGUUGUCACGAAAGCCUGCUCUUCCUGUUUACCAGAAAUCUGAACGUCGUCGCCCACUUACCGAGGAAGAAAAGCAAGCGAAAUUGCGGGAGAUGGCUGAGAAUGCGGCAUGGCGGCAAGCCACACGUAAGUCAAACCUGAAACGUGCUCAGUUGGCUGAGGAAAAGGAAGAUGAGGAAGACAUGAAGGACAAAGCUCCCAGCUUCAUUAGGAGCCAGCUGAAUAGUGCCGCAAAUGAUCUCACAGUGGAGCAGCGAUUGCAAAGCAACAAGAAAUCUCUCCAGCGUUCUCACGGUUAUAUGGAGAAGAAAUUCACCUCUAAAUAG